AGUAGACUGAUAAGAUGUGUAUAAAACAAAACGGAGCUUACAAUACGUUAAUUUAAAAGUCAAUCAGUUCGGCAAUUAGUUUGGAAUUUUUUGCCUACGCUCUAAGGAGAUAAUCCGAAUCUAUUAAGGAUUGUUGUACACUUUUGAAAUUGAAUAACAUAACUGAAACUAAUAAAGCUUCAUUUUCCGAAACUUUAAUAGCAUUUUAAAUUAUCCUCGUUUAACCCGUUGCUUCGUUAUCUACAUCUAAACUGCCCGUGUAUACUGAACUCUUGAGAAAUACACCAGAUGCAACGUUCGUGUUCGAGUUAUCACUUUAAAUUGUUAAAUUUAAUUGUCAAAUGAGGGAGCGUAUUUCACAACGUUUUGGCAAACAGCUUUCGAAGAUUCCGUGUAAUAUGUGGCUGAUUGUGUUUAGUUUCUUGACAGUCCUAGUUCGAUGCACAUUUGCUGAGGUGUGCUUCUGUACAAACGCUACAACGUCUUCAGCGGUGUAUUCCAAGCGAGAACUACAUUCUGACGUCAUCGGUUACGUUGGUAAAAUCGAGUGUUUCUAUGGAGAUUACACUAAAGGAGCCGAUUGGGUAACAGUUCAUGGUCCAGGAAAGGAUGUGUACAUUAGACGAAAUGACUUAUCGGCUUGUGGCCUUAAUGCGAUUCCUCACUACGACAUACGAAGGCUACACAAAACAUACGAAAGAAAAGUGGCCGCAUAUCGUGGUCAAGUUGUAAAGAAUGUUUACCGCAAACGAUUCUUAUUAGAUAGCCUGCAUCAAGCGCAGUGCACCUUUGAUCAUAAUUCGAUGUGUUCAUGGAAUAACGUUCCUGGUCACGACGACUUUGAUUGGGUUCUGUACCAAUCUUCAACGCCAACGGACGGCACUGGGCCUGACUUUGACCACACAUUGCGCAACGCAUCAGGUAAAUAUAUUUUCAUUGAAUCAAGUGCCCCGAGAAGCCUGUUUGACGGUGCCUGGCUACAAAGUCCAACAAUCGAGGCCUCUGGUCAGACUGUACAUUGUUUCCGAUUCUGGUACCACAUGUAUGGAGCAGCUAUAGGUCGACUAGACGUGUAUCAAACUAAAACUAAAGACAUUCCUGGUAACCUGAUGUGGUCAAUGAAAGGUGAUCAGGGUAACACAUGGCAUGAGGGCCAGGUCGCCCUUGAGUCCUUCCACAAUUACUCGAUCAUCAUAGCUGGUUACGUAGGCAAUGGUUUCCAAGGUGAUAUUGCUGUUGAUGACGUCGGUGUCUCAGAUGGGUAUUGUGAUGUCAAACCGCCUAGUGCGUCAAGAACUGAAGUGGUUAAUUCCACACAGACACGUGGCACAACAACAACUUCGAUGCCACCAUCAAGUGUUACUAAACCAUGGGUUAUCACAACUGUCUCAACAAGUGCUCCGGGAACAACGGAAGUGUGUGAAGACCUUGACAACGAUUGUUACACGUAUGGCCACGAUCACAUCUGUGUCGGUGAGAUGGUAAAGUGGUCACAGAUUCAUUGUCGGAAAAACUGCGGAUUCUGUAAAAACAACGUUUGCGAAGAUGUAGACCCAGACUGUGAUACAUAUGGUACUGGGUACAUAUGUAGUGAAGAGUACAAACCUUGGGCCUCAAUACACUGUGCAAAGUUCUGUAACCUGUGUAACAAAGAUUCGGCAUACCAUAUUUUGAAAGAUCUGGGACUUCCCGAGUAUUCUUGAACCUUUACAAAUGAAGCACAUUUUCAGAAACAUUUGAACUAAGCAAAGUGUCUGCGUUGUUUACACAAUAGUUUAAUAAAUGAACCAUUUGAAGGCAAAACUA